GACGAUGAAGAGACAGACGUCAGGAGACCGAGAAGAUCAUCAGCUGAAGACAGACGAAAGAGACGGAGGAGGAAACAGAAUAUCAACAUGUCAACCAACCAUACCACAGUGAUUGUUGCCCACAAUCCUCCUCGCAGGAGAAGACCGAGCAAAGACCUACCUCCUGACAUGAGGAUAGUUCUUCUGGGUUCGAGCGUGUCAGAAAACAGUCUGGUGGGAAACUUCAUCUUAGGAAGAGCAGCGUUUGACAGUGAAGCUCCUCCAGAUGUUGUAGAGAGAGUCGGAGGAAGACUGAAGGACAGACACCUGAUCAUCAUCAACAGUCCUCAGCUGCUCCAGACGAACAUCUCAGAUCAUCAGCUCAUACAGACUGUGAGAGAGUGUGUGUUUCUGUCUGAUCCAGGACCUCAUGUGAUCGUGCUGCUCCUCAAACAUGAGCCGUGUUCAGCAGAAGAUCAGGAGCGCGUGGAGAAGACAGCAGAACUCAAUGAAGAAACACAGUCUGUCAUUGAAAGGUUUGGAGGACGACAUCAUUUCUUUGGUCCCAAAAUACAAGUGUCCACAUUGAUGGAGAACAUCGAGCAGAUGCUGGAAGAAAACAGAGGAGAGUGGGAGUGGGAACUCAUCCACAAUGGUUCCCCCUUUACCAUCUGUGAGAGUGAGGAGGAAGUUAGCACUCCAGCAACUACCACCAGCCCAACACCAGCGAUGCCUGAGCCUUCCGAGGAACAAGAGCCAAAACCAGAGCCACAGAUCUUCCCGAAACUCAAGCCAACCACAUCUGACUUGUUGUGUGAGCCGGCAACAUCCCCUGUGCCAAUGGCUUAA